CUGGCUGGAAUACCCUCAAUAAAAUCAUUAAGAUGCGCAGUUGGCUUGGGAGCUUCAGAUCAUCUUACAUAAUUUUUCCACCAUGAAUUUUGCCGGUAAGGUUGUCCUAAUUACGGGAGCCAGUUCUGGAAUUGGAGCCGCUACUGCCAUAAAGUUUGCCAAGUAUGGAGCAUGCUUGGCGCUUAAUGGCCGAAAUGUGGACAACCUGAAAAAGGUUGCAGCCGAAUGCUCCAAAGUCGCUGAAUCCUCUCCAGCCCUUGUCGUGGGCGACAUCGCCAAAGAGGCCGACACUAAGCGGAUCUGGGAAGAGACUCUCCAAAAGUAUGGAAAACUUGAUGUCCUGGUGAACAAUGCCGGAAUCAUUGAGACGGGCACUAUUGAGAACACGAGCUUGGAACAGUACGAUCGGGUGAUGAACACCAACCUGCGGGCCAUCUAUCAUCUCACCAUGCUAGCCACCCCAGAGCUCAUCAAAUCCAAAGGCAAUAUAGUCAACGUGUCCAGCGUGAAUGGAAUUCGCUCCUUUCCCGGUGUCUUGGCCUACAACAUCUCUAAAAUGGGCGUGGAUCAGUUCACGCGAUGUGUGGCCCUUGAGCUGGCUCCCAAGGGUGUUCGGGUCAACUGCGUCAAUCCUGGUGUGACUGUGACCAAUCUUCACUCACGAGGAGGCAUGGAUCCGGAGACCUACAAGAAGUUCCUGGAGCACUCCAAAAGCACCCACGCACUAGGCCGUCCAGGGGAUGUCAAGGAGGUGGCAGCUGCCAUAGCCUUCCUUGCCAGCGACGAGGCUAGCUUUAGCACUGGUGUCAGUCUUCCUGUUGAUGGAGGUCGUCAUGCCAUGUGUCCCCGCUAAGGACCAUAGAAAGAUACUUCUUCAGAUUGAAAUGCAUUUAAAAGUCUUAUAUUUUCGACUUUAU